CCCGUGAAGGCAGCAGAGCUGUCUAAAUGCGGUGGCCGCUGGUGGGACUUGGCAAAGAUGUGUGUUAUUAUGCUUAUGUUCUUGAAAAUGAUCCAUUUGAGCCAACCGCCUGACAAACUCUGUUUUACCGACGCACAAAGGCAGAAAACCUUUGAAAGGUGGCAGGCGCUGCUCCUUUUGACGAAGAACAAAAAAGUACGCGGGGAAGUUCCCUAGGAAAUCCCCCAAGACCUUCGGGGAUAUUUUUUUUUUUAACUUAUGCGCCAAAUCUCCGGCAGAAUUUACCUUCUCUCUGUAUUUGUAAGAGACUCGGAGUAGGGGGCAGAGGCGUCCAAUGCUGGAUUAUUAAAAGACUUGCUCUGUCUGUCUGUCAAACCGACCCAACGCGCAAUGGAUAACGCCAGCCUAAACGCGGAUACGGACGCGCUCAAAGAGAAAACGCGGAGUUACAGCGUGCUGAACACUCUGUAUCACGAGACGCGGCAGGAAAUAGAGAUCCUCAACAAACAGAUCUUUUUAAAGGACAACAUCAUUGCAGAUUUAAAAGCCAGGCUUGGGAAACACGAGAGGAUCUACAUGACGGUGGGAGAGAACGAGUCGGUGGUCAUCGGUCCGUCCAAGUCUUUGGUGGAGAGCUUGCUCAAAGAAAUGUGCAAACAGAAACAGCACAAGGAUGAUUUGGAGUUCCAGGCAUCCCGACAAUCGGAGGAGAUCCAGAGGUUGACUGGUCAACUCAGAGAGCUGGAGGCCGAGCUGGAGAGCGUCCGGUGUCAGCCGGAACACGAGAAGGACCGGGAGAUCGAGAGGCUGAGGCUGGCCCUGGAGGAGCGGCAGCGGGCCGAGGCCACCCGCUCCGUCCUCUGCUCCUCCCUGGCCGAGGAGGCCGAGCAGCUGCGCGGCCAGCUCGGGGCCACUGUGAGGGUCUGCCAGGGGCUGUUAGCCAGACUGGACAGCGAGAGGAAAGGGGAAGGAGAGGUGAAGGAGGUGGGCCAGCAGCAGAAGGACACUGAGACACUGGAGUCCUCCGACAGUGCCGUUAAAUCCCGAAUCCGUCAGCUGCAGAAGGAGAACGAACAGCUAAAGCAGCGCGUGACUUAUGUUCAGGGCCUGAAUACUCAGUGGCAGAGGUACGACUCGAGCAGGGAGGAAUACAUCCGAGGUUUAUGUCAGAGGCUAAAGGAGAGCUCUGGGCAGGGCUUGAUUCCUGUAAUGGGCCCGGUUAGCACAGGGUUGCUUCAUCAGGAAAUUUCCAGACUCAACGCCUUGCUGGAAGAGAAAAUAACAGAGUGCGCAAGGCUGGACAGAGAAGUUGAGGAAAUAAGGAGACAAGGCCAGGAGCAAAUCCAGACACUGGAGCAGCAGGUUCUCAUCUAUACAGACGACUUUAAGUCCGAGCGUGCCGACAGAGAGCGAGCGCAGGGUCAAAUUGAUGACCUGAAGGAGCAGAUCGCUCAGUUAAAGCAGCAGCUACACAAGCAGCAGGGAGCAGCCAGGGAGGCCAGAGACCUGGUUCCCAUGUGCCACGUGCACAUAGGACACCGGAUCACCUCAAGGCGAAGCAAAGAAUCCUCCGAGCCUUUGGGCAGGAGCUCCGCGGAGAGGCAGAAGCAGCAGAAGCAGCAGAAGCCCGCAGCGGCCGCCCUCACCGCCGCGCCCAACUCGGACUGGAACGAAAUCCCGGGCCUGUCAGAGCUAGAGUGCCCGCAGUGCCACGCCAGGUUCAACGACACCGAGGCGGCCGAGUACCUGAACCACUGGGAGGAGUGCGCUCGGCUCUGAGCGGAAUCGGGACUCCUCCGGUAACUGAACACUUCAGAACAGCACUACAAUGCAGAGAGAAAAAAAAAAAAAAAAAAACGCCUGCGGGGAUACCAAUUCGGAGAUGAUUGACUACAAACGAAACAACUUGAGAUGUUUUUUAAAAAGGUGACGCGAAACCAAAGUUCCCCUCUUGCAAGAGAAACUAGUUCACUUGGGCUCUCUGAGCCUGCAGCGUCAUAACCCGCAGCCAUCGGAGGACAUCACACUGGUCUGGGAGGAGGACGCCAAUGCAAUAUACCAAAUGUUAUAUACCUCAGUGUGUUAGAAAAAACAAAACCUUUGCACUUUGACGUUUAGCCAAAAAACUAAUAGUAGGAUCUUACAAUUCAGAGAUUAAUGUUGCAUAAGCUUCUUAUUUUGGAUCAAGACACCUAGUUUUUUAUGUGGUGCUAUUAUAGAUUAUUAGUUUGUUUUUUAAAUAUUUUUGAUAAAAUAUAUAUUCUUAAUGAGAGAUUUGAGUGUAUAUAGAUAUUUUGAUAUUUAUUCUCUUUGUAUAUCUAACUGGAAAUGUUUUUAGGGCAAUGUUAAGACGUUGUUUCCUUUCACUGAAGCCAUAACAUUCAUAUACAGAGGAAUAUAUAUGUAAGGUAUGUGUAUGUGGUAUAAAAACUAUUUUAAAAAGAAUACAUGACAGUUUCAGAUUCACUUUUGUGUGUGCGACUGCAUCCAAACUGACAAUAUUCCUUUUUUUUUUGUGUAAGUGGUAUUUUUGUAA